AUGGGAACAAACACAUCUGCUCUCCGUGGACCGGGGACCUCGGGAACCCACGCGAUCGAUAAGUGCGAUGCUGCAACCGAAUCGCCGCAGACCCCAAGUAGAUGUGACCAAACGACUCAAGUCUCCACGGAUGCUGUCAGCCCUGCCGGUAAGUCCUUUUUUCUCGUUGUCCGGAUCAACCCAUGGUUGACUUGUGGUUAACAUGAAGCACUUUCGGAAAGUAUUGCCUUACGUGUGGGUUCUCGCGUUUGAUUGACAAUGUAAAGUAACUAGAUGAGCGCCAAAUGUUUCAAUCUUGACUAAGCCUAGGAAAUAAUCGGGGUAAAAUCAGGACCACCUUGACGAGAAAGAGCACGUAUGCUGGUCUGAGCUUGCGCAAAUGUGCCUUACAGUUUCCUACAAAACGUGCAUUUUUUUGAACUGAAAAGAGGGCACAACUUGAGGUGGUCGGCAAGAUGCCUAAAUUUUUGUAAGGUGACAGGGCCAAAGAGGUGACAAUACUACGGUCGCAAACAACGAUAUUCACCGUAUGCAACACAGUAUGGUGAGUAGUGCAUUAAAUUGAUUGUAAUGACAGCAGAGUUGCACAGCAUAUGCUGAAAUCUCUUCCGUCAUUCAUCUGUAGCCAGUAGUGGAUUGCAGUUUUUACGGAUUUUACUUUGCUGGUUCCGUCGAUUUCAAGUAAUUUUUAGGAAUCCUGGACAGAUGCAGUGUCCUUGACUCGGAUGGUGAACAAGGACCUGCAUAAAGUGUUUCCUGUGGAAACCCCUGUCACUGAAAUUUCUCUAAAGGCCAUACUGACCGACAGGACACAGAACUGGUCAAGUUCACUGAUUGGAUAAUGAGACGGCUCAUAUAUUUGCAAUUCCGAGGACCAAUCAUAAAUAAGUCCUGGUAUUUGUGGAUGCACACGCUGGAAUCGGCCGAGGGACAGAACAGACUUCGUGAAGGUAGAUUAGGACACAGAAUAGUCGAAGACAAAACGUUAAAAAUUGAUCGCCAGAUGAAAACGCUUUUCCGUUAGUAGAAUGCGACCUUCUGAGAAAUGAAACAGGCUGUAAUAGUGGAGGAAACGUCAAUGCAAUGACAUUGGCAUUCGUAUGCGCCGAAGUCCGGAUCUGUUCAGCUUUCACGGUUCUGGUAGGUGUUAGAAUCUCCCGAAAAAAAACACGUUCAUUAGGUCGUGCAACUUUCAGUCAAAAAGGACGUCAGACACUGACGAAAAUAGUUCAACAUGGAAGAAUACCCUAGUAGGUCGUUUAGCCAUACUUUCAGUUCAGGUACUAGCUAAAAGCCGAGGCAUAUGUUUCGUUGAGUUUUUGCUCGUUGCAAGAUAUACAGUGUGUGACCGAUCUCAUUAAAUGUUAGCCAAAACUCUGGAAUGCGUUUCCGAUUAGGAAGGAUAACUUGAGUGGGGUUUUUAUACUGAUUAUCAUGCAACAUAACGCUAUAAAAAUUCGGACUCGCCAGGAUGUUGGCUUUUGAAUGCACUUCCUUAUGACCUCCUGUAGAAACCACACUCGGUAAAAAGUGACAACUUAUGUAGCACGCCUUUUUCCUAUUGGCUUUCGACGGUCUUAUAAAUUAAAAUAUAUUUUACAGAAAACGUGCACAAAAAUGCAUUAUUUUGCUCAUUUAGUAGAAAAUCACAUUAUCUUCAUAAUUUAUGCCCGAAGAAAAUGUACAUUUAGGUUUUAAAAAGUGUCUUAUUAUGAGAUUUUUAAGAGCGUGCGAAGUCCAUGCAUGAAAGACCGCACAUGUCCGUUUACUAAUGCUCCCCAUGAAAUGUACAACACAGUCCGGUUCAAUAGCAAAAUUUCAUGAAAUCUAUAUGGUAUCUUCUUAAAGGCAUAGAGGAAUAUAUGGUUUUCCUUACGUAGAAACCAUGCACCUUGUAGACUGAAAUUGCCCAAUGCUGUUGCAAUGGCAGAUCAGGCUGAAAAUUAUUCGCGAAUCGGGAAACUUUUUUAAAACUUAAAUAUACACUUUCUUCGGGCAUAAAUUAUGAAGAUAAUGCGAUUUUCUACCAAAUUAGUAAAAUAAAGCAUUUUUUGCACGUUUUCCGACAUAUACGAGUAUGAUGCAGACAAUUAUGUGCAGCAAAGACCUCCUCAAUGCAGUUAGAGACAUUCCCGACCGCUGAGUUCAAUUGCGUAGAAGUUUUUGCAGAAAUUCCGAAGAGAAUUUGAACCUAGUUGAAAUAAGCAGCAUGAUUUGAGAGUGGGCAUGAGAAUGCUGUGGAUACCGGAAUACGUAGACAAGUACCUUAAUAAAUUGUUGUAUUACAAUUUCUUUCAAAACCACGCUCAUCUCUUCCCUCAAACAUUAACUUUGGAGAAGCCAUAAUUGCCUAAAACGCGAAUUAAAGUCAUGCAUUUCUAGCAAUAUUUUAGCGGCAACCUAACUGAAUUUAUUUAAGCGCAAAUAAAUGUAGAAGUUCAUUCAUUUGCAACCUUUUAUGAACGACGUGACACCCGAAUGCCGCACAUUGUAUUUUGAAAUGUCUUUCCUAUCGCUAUUGGAAAGUUUAGACGGAAAUUCUUUGGUCUCUUAAAAUGUCUUUCUUCGACUAUUCGUCUGUGAGCAGGUCAGUUGGAUGAGGGCGAAUUUUUACGUAAUUUUUUCCGUGGGCAUGAGGGUCAAUCAUACAGUUUCUACAUCACUUGGAGAACGAGAUACUGUUAGGUCUUGUGCUAAAAACGAAAUUGCAGUUGGAUUGUGGCAAAGCAAGCAUGUACAAUACAGUCGGGAACUGAACACUCUGACCCGAAUGACCUAAAUAAUGGUAGGCUGAUUUCUGACUGGUCCUCUGCCUGAGUACAAACACAGACUCAGGAUGCGAAAACAUCACAAGGAUCAGGGGAUUUUUUUUUAAAAAAAGGAUCACCCAUGACGGUUAGUCUUCCAUGCACAAAAUUGUUUGACCAGAAAACCCAACCUGAAAUUGUGAGAAUUUUCAGAAAUGGGGCAUUCCCACUUCCUAGCAUCCUUAUUAUCAAUGACUUCUCCUCGCCAGACUCUCUCGAGACGUAUCCACUCGUGUGUUCUUGAACAACAACAACAACAAGAACUGAUACAGAUGACUUAAAAAGGCAGUAGUAUGCGUUCGUUCAGUAACAGUAAAAAGUCACCCUGUCAUAGCAACAUAUCCCAAAACUCUUGUAAUUGUUUUCCGCCAGAAGAAACGAACGAUGAGCAGCGGGAAGCCACUACAAAGCAAUUCUGAUAAAUGACGUAUUAAGGAUGACGGGAGUGCCAAUUGCUGGUUUAUUCGCGGCCAUCAGCCGGCCGAAUACCAGCUAGGGCUUUGAAACUGCACUAUUCGGUCCUUGAGUCAAACGGGCCCACGCUAGAUCAAAACGGGGCCAAAUCGGGGCACGGCGCGCGUUAAACAGGCGGCAAAGAGUCCACGCAUCCCAUAGCAAGCACCACACAUGGGAGGUGUGGUGGCACGCCUAUGCGCAGGCCCUGCGCCGCGCCAGCCACUGCACUCUAUCUCAGCACCAGAUGGUUGACAGACUUGGAUAUCCGACUGGUUCGCGGGAGAGGGAAGAGGUAGUGAGACUGACUCUAGGGAAUCCGCCCCGCGGCACUCCAGCGCAUUCCCCACCAUUAAAAAAUCUGACGAGCUGAAAGUCGUGGCUUGACAUGCUGACAGUUGACUGACUAACUCGGAUUUCUCAGAACGGAGAGUCAGCCUCAGUGGCUCCUUCUCUAUAGCACUUCCACUUCGAUGGAACCUGGGCCGGCCUUUUUUUGUUCUGGGGAGACCUGGUCCACUGUGCGGGGACCAGGUCGUGUAUGGUCCGCGUAGAUGGGUCGUACAGCUUUGUCAGCCACUGCGCCUAGGCCCGCCACCGGUCGUCCUGACUCUGUCUUGCCACCGGGUCCAGAUAGACAAGGGAGUCAGAGUGCUGCAUAUGCUGGCAAUUCUGCCAUCACUAUAAACUUAUUCUCGAGUCAGGUACCGUCCUGAGCCCACAACCGCAUGGGGUGGACAUUUUCGUUAGUGCGUGACGAGUCAAAUGUCCUAACAUGGAUCCACUGCCGCAUGCCCCAUGGGUUAUGACUGGCUGUAUUCAGAGUUACUGGGAAAUGGUGCUCGUGGGUUCAUCCUUAAGGCAGGCCUGGUUUACGAAUGCCAGGAGGCCAUAAAUGACCACUGGGUUCACUUUUGUCUUUGUCGAAAGUACUUCUAGAUCAGUGUUGGCUUGUGACUGAGCGGCUGCCCCUGUGGGAUUUUGACCUAGACCCUCAGAACGAAACGGAGCGUCUGUAUUACAAUAUGCAGGUAAAAUAGGAAAGGGGCCGUCAUUAAUUUGCGACACAGGUUACCAGCAGAAAAUUGGGCAGUCACUUCGAAACAUGCCGCUGAAAAUAGCUAAAUGUCCAUUUACAUAUUUCACCCGAUUUUUUUCUGUCACUGCCGAACCGUGGCCUCCAGAUAUAUUUAGCAACCAGCAGAAAAUCAAAUAAACAUAUGCCUCGGCUUUUAGCUAGUACGUGAACUGAAAGUAUGGCUAAACGACCUACUAGGAUAUUCUUCCCUGUCGAACUAUUUUCGUCAGUGUCGGACGUCCUUGUUGGGUGAAAGCUGCACGACCUAAUGAACUUGUUUUUUUUUCGGGAGAUUCUAACACCUAGCAGAACCUUGAAAGCUGAACAGAUCCGGACUUCGGCGCAUACGAAUGCCAAUGUCAUUGCAUUGACGUUUCCUCCACUAUUACAGCCUGUUUCAUUUCUCAGAAGUUCUCAUUCUACUAACGGAAGAGUGUUUUCAUCUGGCUAUUAAUUAUUAAAGUUUUGUCUUCGACUAUUCUGUGUCCUAAUCUACCUUCACGAAGUCUGUUCUGUCCCUCGGCCGAUUCCAGCGUGUGCAUCCACAAAUACCAGGAUUUAUUUAUGAUUGGUCCACGGAAUUGCAAAUACAUGAGUCGUCUCAUUGCCCAAUCAGUGAACUUGACCAGUCCGGCGCCCUGUCGGUAAGUUUGGUUUUUGGAGAAUUUUCAGUGACAGGGGUUUCCACAGGAAACGCUUGAUGCAGGUCCUUGUUCACCAUCCGAGUCAAGAACACUGCAUCUGUCCAGGAUUCCCAAAAGGUUACUUGAAAUCGACGGAACCAACAAAAUAAAAUCAGUAAAAACUAUCCAGCCCUUUUUAUUUUGAUUCUUGUUUCAUGUGACACUUUGACCGUCGUGGCCGACGAUAUCCACCGGGUGCUCCACAGCAGGCGGAGACCAGGCACGGUGACUUGCACGUUAAGUACUUUAUAGUGAGGGAAGGCUUGCGCAGCACCUAACGCGCUCUCCCCUCCCCCACCUGGGUCCGGUGUCAAGACAGAGCCAAGAAGACCGGAAGUGAGAGGGAACAGGUGGAUGACACGAGGAAUGAAGCCUCACCUAGGCGUACCACCCCACCAUAGAGGCCACGUUAUGAAAGAGCCAUUGCAGCCUAACUCUCAGACAACCAGUCGGCCUCUCCAAACAAACACAUCUACUGGGCCGACUGUUAGCAGGCAGGUUAGAAAGAGAAGGGUGACACAAGUCCCUGAGUAACCACGCACACGGCCUGUAUACCCAGCAGGAGCGCACACGCAUCUGCCGGCAGGGAAUUAGAAGCCAGAUAACUGUCAGCGCACACCAGACAGCGAGGGCCAUGGUUUUUUUAAAGCGUGGCAUAGCAUGUUCAAUGUAUUGACGUGCAAAAUUUCUAGGAUACACCAUUUUGGGAAAAUAACUAAGAUAAUUUAACUUGAGUCGGUAGUUUUCUUUGUCAUAAUGAUGUUUUUACUCUAUGAAAUAGACUAUUGACGGCAGCCCGCUUGCGAGAGAUCGAGUUACUGCUCUCAUAGUGUAGGAUCGCUCCUGUAUCUGCUGCCUUUUCGGAGGACACGAGAACUAAUUGAUGCACACGACGACUAAGUACUGACACAAACGUGACGGCAAGACGUUCUAGGACUCCCUCUCCCCUGCCUCACUGUUGCCCUGACUGCAUACGCAAACCCAUCUUAGCAUUACUGUCACCCACCUAUAAAUUCGGCGAGGCGCGAUACCACACUCACCUCCUAUGAUGGAAGCUUGUUUGAUUUUGAAACGUCAGGAUAAAACAACUAUGGUCCCCUAGACCAUCCUUUCUUUUCAUAUGCAGAUGUACAUAUAUAUGAUGAAAGGAGGAAGUCCGUCGGGAAUACAGUUUUACUCGAAAAUUUUCGAACUGGUUGCACCAACCCGUCGUCAGACAAAGUGAAAAGUGAGAGGUGGGAUUGUCACACUGCUGAUUGAGGACAUAUAUAUAUAUGCAUUCGAAAAUGGACCUUCCGAAAAGCACAAUUCAAAAGAGAUAAGUCCUUUAGGAAAGAUAGCAGAACUUAUUUCGUAACUUUUCGACUUUGCUUCCACAAGUCGUCCUUAAACGUGAAGUAAGCGUGCAAAAUAGUUAAAAUUUAAACGUGCCUAAAACUGAUGUUGUCCUGGAUGGAAGCGAAUAUGCGAAUCCCAGGUUCUUGUUGUAAAGAAGAUGAAGACCCGAUCUCUGGGACAGUGGGUUUAUUAGUCUGAGCUUUCGGUCUCGUACAGGAGGCCAUCGUCAGAGACUGUGAGUAGGCAACAUCAAAUGAGUGGUUUUUGUAGUCGCGCCAUGAAGGGGGGAGGGAGAAAUAUGAGUGCAGCGGGUGGUAUUCGCGAUAAGUUGCGUCCCACGCCGUCUCACGGUGGCGUGACUGCGUGCACCCUUGGCUGGAAAUUGGGUCCUGUCAUUCUUGUCAGUCAGCCUUUACUGUGGCUUGGUAUCACGUUCCAAUUAGCUAACACCUUUUCCACUUUUCCUUGAGCUUUUUGUACACAGCGUCUAGUCCGAUGUACCGGUUGAUGCACGAGUUAUCAGAAUGAAUGACCUCUAAAAAUUCGCGGCCUUUCUUAGAUGAACAGACAGCUGAAAUGUGAGUCUUGUUCCAUGAAAAUUUUUGUCCAGUUUCCAGCGUAAGCAUGAAAGCCUGGGACAAGUGGUCUCGCCCUCUUACUGCCAACUAAUGCUCGUGUAUUCGUGUAGAGGCAGAUUUCCAGUUCGAUCACUAUAAACCGCACUGCAGUUUUCGCAUGAUAUCUUAUAGACGACUUCUUUUUAUCUGAAUAGCCAACCCUAUCCUUAGGGUGUACAAGCCGGUUACGAAGUGUAGUCGUCGAUUUGUGCACCACGUGUAUUUGGUGCCUCCACAGGUGCCUUUCAACUAGUUCGGACACAUUCCUAAUGUACAGAAGUGUUGGCCAGUUUUUUGGUUUGAGCGUCUGGUCGGAACUAGAUUGUUCCUCGCCUGUCAGAUUGCGGGACGUGCUCGUCUUUUUUGCCUUGGGGCUCACUCUUGUGCUGAUACAGGCCGUCUCACAACAAAUAAUAAUACAUACAGAGACGGGGUGCGGUGAGAGACAAGGAAGACUAGAAUGGCCACUUCUGGCUCACGACUCCUCGUCAGUCUACCAUAUCCAACCCUAGGUUUGGAGAGCCGAGGUUCGAAGUGGGAUUUUCUGGUCACUGAGUGUUGGGUAGUUCAAUACUCUACCACUGAACCACAGGCUCGUUGUCCUGUCGGUUGUGAUCGGGUAUAGUAACUAUAGCAAAACGGGGCUUAACGGUCAGAUGACAAGGACUGCUCCACACAAAGGGCCCGUGAUUCAGUGCUAAGGCAUUGGACUGCCUAAAACUCAAUGACCAUAAGACCCAGGUUCGAACUCCAGGUCCCCCAAGCUUGUGGUUGGGCAUGGAUGGCUGACGACGACCAAUAAGUCCGAAAUGGCCAUCCCGUUCUCCCUUGCAUUUGUUGGAGUUCAUUUCAGGGCAUAUGUUUUGAAAGGAGUAUCGACAGAGACAAUGAGGACUUGGAUGGCCAUUUACCGCACUCGAUCGGCUGGGAAACUGACAACUUUAACCCCACUUGUCGGCAUAAUCACGUAAUGAAAAGUGGGAUUGAAGUAGUCUGGGACCGGUACUGGCCAGCUGACGAUGUCCACUAAACCCUAAGUGGCCACCCCGGCCUUCCUGGUCUCUCUUGGUGUCCCUCAUCUGCAAACAUUUAUUCAAAGACAAGCAUUUCUAGGGUUUUUGGAGAAAAUACAUGAGAGCAUCCAGAGAGUUGACUCCGAAAGGUUUUUCCUCGUUAGACAAAAAUUAAGUAAGGAAGCAGCAUCCCAGUGCUCCGGUGGGUUUUUCUUGAAAGGAUUCCCACCUAUCCCUUAAAAUAAUAGAACAAUGACGUAGGCAACAGCGGAUACAAAGUUUCUGUCCCGCUCCGUAUAAAUGCACUCAGUAGACCGUGAAACUAAAUGAAGUCCACAUGCGAAUUUCAAAUCCCAUUCGUCUUCCAUUUCUUCCCCUUCUCCACAUUUUUCUUCAAUAUAUUUUCCCCCUAUUUAUCAUUUUCUGCCCAUUGCAUCAGAUCUUAUGCUUAAAUUCCCCCCUAGUCUGACUGAGGCCGUCCUACUCUUAUUUACUAGUGUCUACAACUAUCCAGAUUGAUGGCCUGAUCUUAAUAGGUGUACAGUGCGCAGUCGGAAUUGGAAGAAUAGGUGGGGCGACCGUCUUGCCGCCAGUUUCUGAAAUGACAGCUGCGUCAACCAGCAAUUCGAUAUCUCGCUGAAAGUGUUGAUUUCAAACUCAUCAAGUCCUGGCAUAGAUUAAAACUAAGCUGUACAUGAGUAUUCUGCCACCUAGGAGAACAACCUCCUACUGCACCCUAUCUGGUCUUUUUUAGACACAGCCAGAAGGCCUGACUGCGCACAUGAGAGAGGACAUUCGGCCGCCUGCGUGGUGACAUGCCUCAUGCGCCAGGGUUCCCUUAAACUCCUCGAAACUCUCAACAACUGGCGUCUGGAAUUAAACAGCCGGGAGAAAACUGCCUCCUCCCUUUUUUCAGCGGUCAAACCGGACAGGAGAAGCAAUGCCAGUUGCAAACACUACCCAAGCCUUCAACGUGAUCUCAAUCUUCGCAGAUGUUACUCCGAGGGGGAAUUAAGUGCCAGCGAGGAUGAGGAAGAAGACGUGGGGCAGGGGGGCGCAGAAAGCAAGUCCCUUGCCGAGAGUGAGCCCGAUGUCCUAGCCCACAUCGGUACCAAGCUCUCUAGCGCCUCCAUCCCCACUGCAGGUCCUCCCGUUCCACCAGUUACGUUGCACUUGCGUGAUGACGAACAGCCUACAGCCGAGGUGGAGACGCAGACAGGCGCUAACAGACGCCGGCGUGAAGACAGCAGUUCGGUGGCGGUGCAGGCCACAGCGAUGUGUAUGAUGGCAACUCAGACGCCAGUGCCGACUCCACGAAGGGUACCAGUGAGGCCGGUGAAUGCUGCCAGGAAUUCGAGACUUUCGCCAAACGCCGUAGGUCCGCCGAGGGGUAGGAGACCCGUGGUCGCACGUGGUGAAGCCGGAGGCGGAAGGCCGAAGGUCUCGGCAAGAGGGAGUCAAUCCAACCCAGCACCCAAUUACGCAGAAAUCGCACAUACCGCCACCUCGAUACAGUCCUUGAAACAGGCUCUAGCCAAGGCCAAAUAG